AUGAACAAAGAAAAUAGAACUAAUGCUACAUUUCAAGAGCCCAUGCGAAUCACACGGUCACGAGCUAAAGCCUUGGGCUCAUCUGGAGGGUUACCCCCGCUAAACCCUUCUGCAAAACAGGUUCAUAAGCGAGUACUUCAACCAAAUUCCAAAAGAGCAGCGUCAGAUGAUAGCAAAGCUGCCGUCAGUGCCAAUGUUGGUCUUCAGCAUAAGAAAAGGGCUGUUCUCAUGGAUGUCACAAAUGUCUUCUGUGACAAUUCGUAUAUAAACUGCAUCAAUGCCGUCAAAAUUCAGCCUAGCAAGCAGGCUAAGCAAAGCACAGCGAAGAAUAAAGCAAAGGUGGCACCAACUGUUUCUUUGGAGAAUUUGCGGAACCAAGAGGAUACACAUACAGAAGUAAAAACAACUCAAGAAAUAACCAAUCUAAAGGUGAAGGAUUCACAAGAAAGUGGUCCACAGUUACAUUUCGAUGAAGAUUCAAUGAUUCGACAAGAAGAAGGCAAUCUUUGCUGCAAAUCAGAGGCCUUGCAUAGUCUAGGUAUUGCAGAUAUUGAUUCAAACCACAAGGAUCCUCAAAUGUGCAGCAUGUAUGCCCCAGAUAUAUACAAUAAUAUACGUGUUUUGGAGCUCAGCCGAAGGCCCUCCGUUAAUUAUAUGGAAAUGUUGCAGCAGGAUAUCACCCAGGGCAUGCGAAGUAUUCUGAUUGAUUGGCUUGUGGAGGUUUCAGAAGAGUAUAGGCUGGUCCCAGACACUCUUUACCUGACAGUAAACCUCAUUGAUCGAUUCCUCUCUCAGACGUAUAUUGAAAAACAAAAGCUGCAACUGCUUGGUGUUACCUGCAUGUUAAUUGCCUCCAAGUACGAACAAGUUUGUGCACCCAGUGCGGAAGAGUUUUGCUUCAUCACAGACAACACCUACACAAAGGGAGAGGUUUUGAAAAUGGAAAGUCGAGUUUUGAACUUUUUGGGCUUUCAAUUGUCUGGUCCGACCACAAUGAAAUUCCUUAGGAGAUUCAUUCAAGCAGCACAAGCUUGUUAUAAGGUUCCUUGUGUUGAACUGGACUUCUUGGCAAAUUAUUUAGCGGAAUUAGCUCUUGUCGACUACAGUUUUCUGAAGUUUCUACCGUCCCUCAUUGCUGCAUCUGCUGUGUUCUUGGCGAGGUGGACACUUAAUCAAUCAGACUACCCAUGGAAUCCAACUCUACAGCAUUAUACAAGUUACAAGGCGUCAGAGCUGAAAGGCACUGUUCUUGCUCUGCAAGAUCUGCAACAUAACACUAAUGGAUGCUCUCUCAAUGCUAUACGCGAAAAAUACAAGCAACAAAAGUUCAAGAAUGUGGCAACUUUAUCUUCCCAAAACUCUGUUCAAUCACUGUUCUAAUGUCUUAAAGAGUAGCUGAUUCUUUCUGCAUAAGAGGAAAUAUUUAUGAUGGAACCGCUCUUCAUAUGAUCUGGGGGUGAUUUUGCUCUCAUUUCGAACACCAAAUUUAUCAACUUUCAUAAGUGUUCAUUCUUAUUUUUUUUCUUUGCAACCUGCUAUCAUUAUUGUAUAAGUGUAUUUGGUUCUGGUGCUUCCAGACCUGUCUUUGUAAUGCUGGAAAUGUAUAAGCAAGGAAAAUUCACAAGUUACUAACAUUAAAUGCCUUUUGGCAUGUAUUGUAAAACUUUCUAAUCUGUGGAAAUUAAUUUAACAGUACUCAAGAACUAUUUGCAGGGUUG